AUGAGCCCAUGGGAGGCAGUUGAAUACGGACUGGUGGACGGGGUGAUGGGCGCUGAUAACCCCAACCUGGUGGCGCCGGUGGGGGAGGUGAGGGAGCCGCCCAAGACCAAGGUGUGGGACCUGUGGACCAUCAAGGAGGCCAAGGAGAGGAAGAACCUGCCGGGGGAGGACCAGCUGCUGAAAAAGUACGGCGGCAUGUGUGGGAAGAGGCGCAAGACGAGGGGAAAUAGCGAGAAUGAGGAGGAGGAGGCGCAUGAAGAGAAGGGAGAGGCGUGCGGGUGGGUGUAG